AUGCGAGCGUGGGUCGUCGGUGGUCUCUUCCUUCUGACAGGAGUAGUAGGACAGAACAAGGAAUUCAAACGAGAUGGACAGAUCCCCGCGGCUUGUAACGCCGAAUGCAAUCCCCUCCAAACCUCCCUUUCAUCGUGCAUGGCAUUAAUCGACGGCUCUUUCUCUUCGAACGAUCUACCAAUUUCAGGGAGAGAUUCGAGUUUGGUCGAUUGUGAAACCGCCCUAUGCGACACCCAGAAUUUUGAUUCCUUCAACACUUGCGUGAACUGCCUGGUAGGAAGCAGGGGUGAACUACAGACUAGUCAAGCACAGGCUUUGGUGAAUGAAGCUGAACAGCUUUGCUCGGCUUUGGGGUCGACUGUCAGUGGGAGUAUCACUGCCACUCCGUCAACUACAAACCCGUCCUCCACAAACGUGGUCGUCACAUCUACAAGUAGUACCAACUCCAAGUCCCCCCUGUCCAACGCUGGUCUCACGAUCCCGUCCGGUCAGAUCCGCUCGUCUUCUACAACUUCGAGUACCAGCACCUCGUCGACUUCUCUUGCUCCAUCGUCAUCAGCCGGAGCGACGGGAGGUGCUGUGACUUUGGGGUUCAAUAUCCCUGCGCUUCUUACAGCAGUGGGAUUAGUCAUGGGUGUGGUCACCAUCUGA